AUGACCUUUGGUCCUCUGUUCAAUCAAUUCAUUGCCCCCAACACACUUCCUCCAACGAUCAGAUCACUCAAGUUCAGCAGUGCAUACAACAAUGCCAUUGCCAUUGGCUCGCUGCCGCCAUCGCUCACGUCACUCACACUGCCGCGCAUGUUUGAUGCGGCCAUCGAAGAGUACGCACUUCCCGACUCGCUGACAGAACUUGAAUUCGACAACAACCCUGGACUGAACGUUCCAGACCAAGCCGAUCCAUUAUUCGAACAAUUUCACAAUCCUCCUUUGGAGAGGGUGGUGAGCCAAUUGGAUGAAGUGCAGGGCCAGGGCCCCCGAGACAGCUCAACAAGUACUCCUGACGUCUAUUUGAUAUCCAAACAAGUCGACGCAAUCAGUGAGUAUGGCAGGCCCGCUCCCCAAGAGCAGCCCAACUAUGGUCCCCGAGACGGGGACCCGGAACCCAACGAGUUGGUUGGGAGCCAACCCCCAGACCCCUACAUGAUUGGCCACGGCAAUGUAGACGAUAGACAGCCCCCAGACCCCGGCAUGAUUGGCCACGGCUAUGCAGACGAUGGAAAGCCCCCAGACCCAAGCAUGAUCGAAGACAUGCCUCCAGACCCAAGCGAGCUAGGAAUGGAGGCGGCUGGAGAAGUACCUCCACCAAAUCAUCUUGCAGCGCCCACUGAAGACUCGAAUGAGAAUGACCCCGGUUUGAUACGCCCUUCUUUGCUCAAGAAUGGCUCCAAGCUUGAAGCAAUCAGGUCACUGCCAGAAAUCUUGUUGCAAUCGUUUCAAACAUCGAUCAGGCUGUUAGAGAGCGACAACCCUCACUUUUUCCCAAACCGGGCCACGAUGUUCAGACUCCCGAGUUUGCCGCCAUCGCUGACCCGUCUCAAGCUAGGCCAUGGCUUUCAGAUUGCAAUCGUGCAGGGAUACCUCCCCGACACAUUGACCGAACUCGAGCUAGACCGAGCCUACAAGAAAGUGAUCAUGCCCUAUUCGCUACCAGUGUCGCUCACGGUCCUGACGAUGAAUGGCGGUCUCAAGUUCCCUACAAUACCCGCCACAUUCCCACCAUGCCUCAACAAGUUGAGCAUUCUUGGACGAUGUUUGCCAACCCUCUACAAGGCCCUGCCAUCAUCUUUGGAGUCUCUCAUUCUUGGUCACAGCAACAAGUAUGAAGUGGAAGACGAUGAUCUAUAUAACAGAGCGCAGGCGAUGAUGAAGCCAACGGAUCCAAGCGUGGACUUUCUCUCGAUGACAUCGACAUCAUUGACCAAACUGGUUAUGUUUGAUCAGUUCAACCAAGAUCUCAUGGCUGGCCACAUGCCUGAAACCAUCAAGGACCUCGUGUUUGGCAGACUGUUCAACCAAGUCAUUCACAUUGGCUCGCUGCCAUCUUCGCUCACCAGGCUCAUGUUUGGAAGGAACUUUGAUCAACCUGUUGAUGCCGGAACAAUACCAAUGUCACUCACAGACAUCACGUUUGGAUAUUGCUUCAAUCAGCCCAUCGCGUUUGGAACUCUUGCACUCAAGUCACUCACGCUUGGAGCGAUGUACGAGCAUAGCAUUGAGAUCAACUCAUUGCCAGAAUCGCUCACGCACUUGACCAUGGUGAGGAACUACUGUGAAUCCGGUCGAUUCGCCCUUGGAUCACUUCCAGCAUCGCUCACCAAGCUGACCAUUGGCCCACGACCAACACUGGACAUACCGCGGAUCAUGGAGUUUAAUAUAUUCAGCGGCCACACCCACAAUGUGCUUGAGCCAGGGUCACUCCCCAUCCUGCUUGAGUCGCUGGACAUGGGAGGCUUCGUCAGACAGUCAGUGGAUGUUGGCAUCUUUCCAGACACUCUCACGGCUUUGUCAUUUGGAGUCCACUUUAACCAGGUCAUCGAGCCUGGUGUUCUACCAUCAUCAAUCAGAACACUGAUCCUUGGGCAAUGCUUCAACCAUCCACUGGCAGCAGGCGUCCUUCCUGCCUCGCUGACCGAGCUGUCCUUGGGCCAUGGCUUCAAGCAGUACUCCAACCAGGAGGUGCUUCAGGUAUUCCCGUCAGGGCUGAGAAGACUGUCAAUCUCUGACUUUAUAGCGCUCAUGCUUCUUCAGCCAUCACUGGUCCAUAGCAUCAAGGCUCCGAUCUCCAUCCACAUCCAGUUGGUCCUAUGCAAGCCCUACAAGGAUCUGAUGCCCAAGCUGCCGCCCCUGACUAUCCUGAUUGAGUCAUUGUUCUUGGUUGACUUUGAGGUGACCAAUCCGAUUGCAGUGACCCUGGAUCACUUCACCAGCUGGAUCGUCCGAUUCGUUCCAAAUGUUAUACGAUCGUAUAAUGUCACCAACAUUAGCUCGCCAAUCCAACUGUCACUAGUUCGUCUUGGUAACAAUCGAGCAUUUUACAUCGUACGAGGGAAAGAAGUGGACACCAACAUCGAGUCACUGGCCACCUUUGGCGAUCUAUUCACCGUGUCUCCAAGAGUCAAGGCGAUCACAACCAACACGGUCAAACUCUGA